GGCUCGAAAAUGAAUUCUGGGCUCAAAUAUCAAAAAAAUUCGAUUCCACAACAAACAAAGAGGCAAAAAAGCGACAAUUUUGGACUGCUUUACGUGUAAAAACUCUUCAAAAAUGUCGAUGAGGUGCGCAUCCCACGCUGGCAGCUGGUACACGGACUCAAGAUCUGAGUUAGAUGGCCAAUUAACGGGCUGGCUAAACGAUGCGGAAUUGACAUGGGGCCCGGCACGUGCGAUAAUCGCCCCGCAUGCCGGCUACAGUUACUGCGGUGCAUGCGGCGGAUGGGCUUACCGCCAAAUUUCGCCGAGCGUCGUGAAGAGAAUUUUCGUUUUGGGUCCGUCGCAUCACGUGCGUCUCUCGCGUUGCGCUCUCACGUCAAUGAAAACGUACGAAACGCCCCUCUACAACUUGACGAUCGACUCAAAAGUUAUUUCCGAGCUCGAAGCUACCGGAAAAUUCCAAUUUAUGGAUCGCAAAACGGACGAAGAUGAGCACAGUAUUGAGAUGCAUUUGCCGUAUAUCGCCAAAGUGAUGGAAGGUUAUUCGUUCACCGUUGUGCCCAUCAUGGUUGGAUCUCUUUCAACUGACUCUGAAGCACUUUAUGGGCAACUUUUGGCACCAUAUCUCGCUGAUCCGGAAAAUUUGUUUGUGAUUUCGUCGGAUUUUUGUCAUUGGGGACAGCGUUUCCGGUAUACGUAUUACGACAAGGCUGCAGGCCCCAUUUGCAAGUCAAUCGAAAAGUUGGACAAGCAGGGAAUGGAUCUCAUUGAAACACUUAAUCCCGAGGCAUUUUCCGAGUAUUUGCGGAAGUAUAAUAACACGAUUUGCGGAAGACAUCCCAUUUCGGUGCUUCUGCAAGCGGUCAAGGUGCUCCAGCAACAAGGGCACAAGAUGAACUUGAAGUUUUUGCAAUACGCACAAAGUAGCGAGUGUUAUAGCAUGUCUGAUUCGAGCGUUAGUUAUGCUUCGGCAUCGUUGAUUUUCGAAUAAGAGAUGCCUUGGACUUUGGCUUCUAACUCAUAAAUUUAUCUUAAAUUAAUUUUUUUAAUCAAACUUUUUUGCAGCAAUAUUUUUUUUUUGUCUUAUCCAUUAAUUAUUUUGACUUUUACGUGCGAACGACACGAUUUUUUAAACCUAAUUUUAGAAAUAAUAAAAAAUUAAUAAAAUUUUA